CUGACAAAGAAAAACGAGUUGGUUGUGCAGACCCCCGUCGAUCCUGAUUUCUGGAUCCAGCAAGUAGAGAAUGGACAUAAAAGGAUGCAAAAAAGGAAGAAAACACAUGACAACUAAUGAAGAAAGAGAAAAUGACAAGGAAGAUGAACAGCAGCAACAGGAUCAUACAACAACAGCAGAAAGUGUAGUUAGUUUUGGUAUACUUGAACUGCCUAUACACUUAAUAUAUGACAUACUCUCAAGGAACUCUCCAAAGACCAUACUCUGUUGCAGAUGUGUUUGCAAAACAUUCCUCAAAAUCCUAACAGACCCUUAUUUUGCUGAAAUCUACCUUAUUAAAGCACCCAAUGUUGCUGCUAGCCUUAUCCUUCAAGACAGUUCCAUUCCCAAUGGAUUUGUAUUUGUCUACAUGCUUGAUCUUGAGGUGACGUCAUCCGCUGCCUCCUGCAGCACUCAUCACCAUCCUUCUCGUCCUUGCCAAGGAUUGACAGUGAAAAAUACCAAAUUUCAGUUCUACCAUGGUCAUGUGACUCUUGUGGGUUCAUGUAAUGGAUUGCUUUGUCUACGCCGUGAUUCAUGGUCAAAACCUCUUUACUACAUUUGCAAUCCAAUUCUUGGUGAACUUAUGGUCCUUCCCCAACAAUCUCCGUCAAAACCAGUUUAUCUUAAGCUUGAAAAUUCUGGGUUUGGUUUCUGUCCAAAGACUAAGCAGUACAAGGUCAUUCGUUUCAUGUGUUUGACAUCUUUUGAUAGUACAAUUUCAAAGAAAGCAGUCGCUGAGAUACAUACACUUGGCACAGAAUCCUGGAGAAGCAUUGGGGAUGCCCCAUGCCCCAGAAUGCGGGGGUCGUUUGACUCUUUACUAGAUGGUAUUCUUCACUGGAUUACUGAUAGUGUUACGGCUUUUAAUUUGAUUUGUUCCUUCGACUUAGAGACUGAGCAGUUUCGAUCUAUCGCUGCACCUACCCACUUUAAUGCAGAUUAUGUUAAUAAAAUUUCUUGUAUCAAUGUUGGGGUACUAGGUGGGUAUCUCUGUCUAUGCUAUGUACUUGGCGAUGCUCAAUUUGAUGUUUGGGUAAUGAAGGAUUAUGGUGUAAAGGAGUCCUGGACUAAAGAGUUUACCAUUGACAUCAAUUUCUAUUGCGGACUGCGAGUGAAGGACUUGCAUCAACCAAUUAAAUUUUUGAACAAUGGGGAUAUGUUGCUCAUAACUAAUUCCAACUCUCUAGUUUCUUAUAGUCCUCGGAAAAGAACCUUCAGAGAAUUUAAGGCUUUGGGGGAUCCAAAUCUUCAAGCUGUUGCUCAUAUUCCAAGCUUUAUUUCCCUCAAGGAUCUUGCGAGAGGGAAAAAUGUGAAAAAAGUGAAACGGAAAAGCAAGGAAAGAUUUGUUUGGACGAGGGAAUUUCGUUUAUUAGAGUGUGCUCCAUAAAAAUUAUUCUCUCAAGUAGCUUGCUUCAGAGUCACUUCUAUGCAUUAGAAACAAAUGUGCAUAUUUAGAUUAUUUGUUAAUAAAAAGUACGAAUAUUGGUUGUAAUUAGACAGAUGAUACAUUUUCUGUUUCUCUUCUAUUGAACAUAUGUUAUUAAAGCUUGUGCCAGAGCAGGCUUUAACCUCAUAUAUGCAGUUUUUUGUUGGAUCAA